UGCAUCUAAGCCGGGUCUCAUCAGCUUUAUAUAAACCUGCAAGCAGCCCGCGCGCCCAUCAGUAGUACAGAGGUUAGCGCUCGCUUCGUGUCGUUACCAGUAAAGCGCUUUGCGCAUGCGCAUCCCGGCCCUUGCGCCAUUACCGCGAACACUACUCUCAAGACCAAAAUGCUGAUCACACCACAAUAAUUUAGUGUGAAUAAAAAAUCGCAUAUUAAUUACGGUCGAUUUCCUGUAUUUUUAAUAUUUUUGGAAUUCAAUAAUAAAAAAUGGUCAGUGGCAAUAAAGAUUCGAGCGAUUUCCAGAAAGUGCCACCUAAAAAUCGUGAAAAGAAAACUAAUAAUUACAAAAGAGCACAUUUCCUGUCGAAAACAUGGUUUAUCUGGAUGAUACCGACGUUUUGGCGGGGAUACAAGCGGGAUCUCUACGACUCCGACCUUACCAAGCCCAAGGACAAUCAUCUGUCCGACAAACUUGGCGACCGGCUAGAAAAAAAAUGGUUGGAAGAAAUAGCAUUAGCUAACAAGAAAGGACGAAAGCCGUCACUACUCCGUGCAAUGACCAAGGCGUUUUGGAUGAGUUACGCUCCUUCUGGGAUUAUGUUCCUCAUACAAGCUCUAAUACUCAAGCCUUUCCAACCAGUGGCGUUAAGUAUGAUGCUCUCGUACUGGGAGCCUGGCUCUGACAUGUCGUACGAGCAAGCCGUAUACUGUGCCACUGCCGUGAUUGUUAUGUCGCUGCUCAUAGCGUUCCUCAACCAUCAUGGAACCUACUCCACGCAGCAAUUUGGAAUGAAAGUUCGCAUAGCCGCCUGUUCUCUUAUAUACAGAAAGGUUAUGCGCAUGAGCUCUGGCGCUUUAGCGCAAACAACAGCGGGUCAAGUGGUGAACCUUCUCUCGAACGAUGUAAAUCGGUUUGAUUACGCGUUCAUCUACACCCAUUUUAUUUGGCUCCUACCGCUUCAAGUCAUCGUCGUAUGCUAUCUCAUCUACAUUAAAAUUGGAUACGCCGCUAUAGUUGGAGUCAUCGGAAUCGUAUUGCAAACAAUACCUGUACAGUCUUACAUGAGUAAAUUGGCUGCCAGACUUCGAAUGAGGACCGCUUGCAAAACAGACGAGCGAGUGCGCAUCAUGGACGAAAUCAUCAGCGGCAUGCAGGUGAUCAAAAUGUACGCCUGGGAAAAACCAUUCGAACAAGUUGUAGCCAUGGCUAGGAAGAACGAGAUCACCUGCAUCACAUCGGCUUCGUACCUGCGCGGAGUGUACCUCAGCUUCAUGGUGUUCACGGAGCGACUAACACUAUACAUCACGCUCCUGUCCUACUCCCUGUUCGGUUAUCAAGUUACUGCGGAUAUUGUAUUCCCAUUGGCGCAAUUCUUCAACACAUUGCAAGGAACACUAUCGAUAAUCAUGUCAAAUGCCGUGUCCUUUUUGGCCGAGGCGCUGAUCUCAGUGCAACGCCUCGAGGCGUUCAUGCUGUUCGAUGAAAGAGAAGACCUUCGAAGCGUUCCAGACGUAGAUAUUGCUAAAUUAGUACAAAGCGUGGAAAAACAAAAAAAUAAGAAUUUAAGUGAAGUUGACCUGCGUCCCAAUACAUUUAAAAAAAUCGACGUGGAAGGAAUUUAUAAUCCCGGGUUUGAAUGCACUGAGAAAGGGUUAAUGGCUCAUCAACCACUGUCUGCCAUGGUCGUGAACCCCGACACAGGCAUCGCGUUACAAGACGUGUUUGCAAACUGGACAGAAGAUGGGCCAGCGACGCUGCAUGAUAUUAACAUUACCGUUCCAAAGGGAAAGCUUUGUGCUAUUAUCGGCUCUGUUGGAUCUGGAAAGAGUUCGAUCCUACAACUACUUUUGAAUGAACUCCGAGCAACAAGCGGUCGUAUUUACCUGUCUGGUCCCCUGGCUUACGCGUGCCAGGAGCCGUGGCUCUUCGUGGCCACUGUCCGACAGAAUAUUUUGUUUGGAUUGCCUUACAAUUCCAAAAAGUACAAGGAGGUGGUAAGAGUAUGUGCGCUGCAGAAAGACUUUCAACAAUUCCCUCAUGGUGACCAAACUUUGGUGGGGGAACGAGGAGCGUCCUUAUCUGGAGGGCAAAGAGCUCGCAUCAAUCUUGCCAGAGCUGUUUACAGACAAGCAGAUAUCUACCUUCUUGAUGAUCCGUUGUCAGCUGUUGACGCCCACGUCGGCCGCCAACUGUUCGACGAGUGUAUUAACGGAUACCUCCGCCACACCACGCGUAUCCUCGUCACCCACCAACUGCACUACCUCAAAGCCGCUGAUUACAUCGUCAUCAUGAACAACGGCACAGUCGAUGCCAGCGGCACUUAUGAAGAACUAUUGACCUCAGGCAAAGACUUCGCAAAAUUACUGUCUUCCUCACAAGACGAGAAUCAGGAUGAAGCUGAAACUGAAAAACCGCCGCCAAUGUCCAGAAGAACAUCGGCAAGACUAUCAACCACUCGUCGGCCGUCACUGUCAGAAUCGACGACUGGGUACGAGGUGCCCGCGCAGGAGAUGGAGGAAGAGCAGCGCGAGUCCGGCUCGAUGGGCUGGCAUGUGUACAAGGCAUACCUAAAGGCGGGCGGGAGAACGCCGCGGCUGCUCUUCAUGAUCUUCCUGCUGGUCAUAGGACAGCUGUCCGCCACGCUCUGCGACUACUGGGUCACGUUCUGGACAAACGAAGUUACAAUACAGAAAGAAAAGGAGACGAACGGCACAACCAAAGAAUACGAUAACGUUAUAUCGCCAAAGAAUAGCACCUUUAAUAUAUCACAUUACUUCUCUGGGGUGACUUUAGACCCAGACCUAGACAUCCACGCGUACAUCGGUCCGCUAGACACAUCGCAGUACCUGUACGUGUACUCGGCGCUGAUCGUAUGCUGCAUUUUCUUCAUCACGGCGCGCGCGUUCAUGUUCUUCAAGGUGUGCAUGACCGUCUCCCGAAACCUGCACAACGACAUGUUCCACUCCAUGCUGAGAGGCGUCAUGCGGUUCUUCGAUACCAACUCCUCAGGACGUAUUCUUAAUCGCUUCUCCAAAGACAUCGGUGCUCUCGACGAGUUAUUACCACGUUUCCUUCUAGAAUGUAUUCAGAUAUACUUGGUGAUGUUCAGUAUCCUCGCUCUCAACGCAGCAGCUUUAAUAUGGACUCUUCUGCCAACUACUAUCAUUCUUCUUUUGUUCUACGUAAUUCUGCAAAUCUAUCUAAAAUCAGCACAGUCUAUUAAACGUCUUGAAGGCACAACGCGCAGUCCUGUAUUUUCACACAUGACGGCAACUCUUAAUGGAAUUAGUACCAUCAGAUCAUCAGGUGCACAACAAAGGCUGAUUCAAGAAUUUGACAAAUUCCAGGAUAUUCACACAUCUACAUGGAGCAGCUACUUAGCAAGCGGCGUCACUCUUGGUUUUUGGUUGGACUUCAUAUGCGUGUUAUAUUUGGCAAUAGUCAUAGUGGCUUUCUUAGUCAUCGACAGCAAAACAAUAUUUUCUGGUAACGUCGGUCUUGCCAUAUCACAGACGUUGAUUCUCACUGGAAUGCUCCAGUUUGGAGUACGUCAGACGGCUGAAGUAAUUUCUCAAAUGACUAGCGUCGAGCGCAUACUACAGUACACACACAUUGAAAGAGAACCGCAAUGGGAUAAAGGAGCGAGGGAAACUCCGAAAGAUUGGCCUUGGAAUGGACGCAUCGAAUUUCGAAAUUGCUUCAUGAAAUAUUCUCCGGAGGAUUUACCCGUGCUUAAAAAUCUUAACCUAAUUAUUGAGAGUGGAUGGAAGGUUGGUAUAGUAGGCAGGACGGGUGCUGGUAAAUCGUCACUUAUCUCUUCUUUAUUCCGGCUCGCUAUUGUGGAGGGAGAAGUGCUUAUUGACGACAUCGACACGGGAUACUUGGCUCUACAGGAACUGCGGUCGAAGAUAUCGAUAAUUCCUCAAGAGCCAGUACUAUUUUCUGCUACUGUGAGAUAUAACUUGGAUCCCUUCGACAACUAUUCUGAUGAAGAACUAUGGAAGGCUAUAGAAGCUGUGGAUUUAAAAGCAGCCAUCUCAGCUUUAGACUUCAAAGUCUCAGAGGGCGGGUCGAACUUCUCGCUCGGGCAGCGGCAGCUGGUGUGCCUCGCGCGCGCCAUCCUGCGCGGCAACAAGAUACUCGUGCUCGAUGAGGCCACCGCCAACGUCGAUCCUAAAACCGAUGAAUUCAUUCAAAGAACGAUCAGGGCACAGUUCGCGGAUUGCACGGUGCUGACGGUCGCGCAUCGACUCAACACAAUCAUGGACUCGGACCGUGUGAUGGUGAUGGACUCGGGCCGGCUGGUCGAAUUCGACCACCCAUACAAACUGCUCAACAACCCCGACGGACAUUUCACCAAAAUGGUCAAAGAAACCAGUGACAAAAUGUCAGCACAAUUGUAUCAGAUAGCAAAGAAUACAUACAUAAAAAACGUCGGCGGCAUUGAGUAGAUCCUACAUUGUAUGCCUCGUAUAUUUUGCCUUAGAACUGUAAUGUUUUGUAAACACGUAUAUUAUAUUAAGACUUUGACCGUCGUGUAUGGCACAAUGUAAGUAUUAGUGAAAACAUCUAACAUUUGGUAGCCAUUACAUUUAAUCCAAACUUAAGUAAUUCAUUAAAUUUAUAUUAUAGUUUAUAAGUAUUCCUAAUAAUUAAUUAAUUGGCCAAUAGUUAUAGCAUUAAGUACUGUUAUUUAUUUUUGUUAUAGACUUUUAUUGUAGGUAGUGUAUCCACUACAUUUCAUAAUGUUUAGAUAUACCCGUUAUAUACAAUGUUUUAUACAAUAUUCCUCAUGUAAAAUUGCUACUUCUUCAUCAAGGCCUAUAAAGGGUUUAAGUCAAAAAUAAAAACUAUUUUCAAUCUAAAAUAGUUUAGUUCGCACGGUAUAUCAUAUUUUUGUGCAUAAAAUAUUUCUACGUACUUGUAAAUUCGCAAAACUUCAAAUGUUAUAAUCCCGUGUAAGCAGCCAAAUACCGGUUAUUGCUUUGUGUCCAAAUUAAAAUAAAGAACUUUGUAAAACUUAUUUACCAGACAUAUUUGCACGUUUAUAGCCUGACCAAGAAAAUAAUAAACCUGCUUUGAGAGCGCCGAUUGCUUUUUAGUUUAAAGUGAAUGUCCUCAAUACAAGGAAAUAGUUUCAUCUUUUACUACAUCAUGACGAGGCUAUUUAUCUUCCUGAUCAAGCUAUAUAACUCGUAGUUAAUUGUUAGGUAAGUAUGUUGUACUAAUUUUCAUCUAUUUUUACUUGACUUAAAGAAACCCCAAAAAGCAAAUACAUAACAUUAAUAUUAGUGGAAGGAAAGAGAGGGCAAAAAGUAAAAAUUAUCCGAUGUCCUACGGCGAAUAUCCCUUAAAUAGGAGAAGGUGGUAAAUCAAAACUGGAGCAUAAAUAAUAGAAAGUACAGGGAAGUAUAAAAUUAAAUGUAAACAAUAUCAUCUUCUUACAUACUAAUAUCUUUAUUGUUCAUAUCUGUCAAUUACAUCAAAUGCAGUAGGUAGAGAUAAUUGAAUAAUGCCUAGAGAGUUGUUACAUUUUUUCGGUCUCUGAAUUAGAUACAAAUAAUUUUCGACACUGGGUACAUGUCUGGAAACGAAUAACGUACUUUCAGAGAGAAUUAACACUUCGGUCUGUCUUUUUGUUUGUAGAUAAUAUUAAUUCAUCGAGUAGACCUACAAGAAUGUUUGGCGUAUGGGCACUUCGAAAUAUUUAGAUUAAAGUAUGUUUUGUAAUGUAUGUAAUUGACCACUAGAAAUGCCAUAGAGGUUAACCUCGAAUAAAUAGAUAUUAAAUGUAAAUAAGCUUACA